CCUCUCAGUCUGUCCUUUUCGUGCAGCAAUACAGCAGCAGCGUCAGGAAAUACUUUUAGAGGUUAUGUUCCCCGUCUUGUUUCAUAAAUUCCAUUAGUUCCCGUAAAUUAAAAAAUCAGAAAUGAUGACAAUAUCACCCAAGGAGUUAUCUAAAGAACAAUUGCUGUCUUUGAUAAUAAAAUGCGCGGACUUCGCAGCAAAAAAACACAAAACACAGAAGAGAAUGAACAGAGAAGGAACCCCCUAUAUAAAUCAUCCUCUGGGAGUUGCAAAAAUUCUCACAGAAGAAGGGGACGUCCACGACCCCGUCGUUAUCAUCUCCGCAAUCCUCCAUGAUACAGUGGAGGACACGGAGACGACCUUCGAGGAAAUUGAGCAGGAAUUUGGUGCCGAAGUCAAGCUCGUGGUGUCUGAAGUGACAGACGACAAGACAUUACCGAAAAUGGAGAGAAAACAAUUGCAAAUUGAUCACUCACCUCACAUUAGCCACGAGGCUAAACUAGUUAAAUUGGCGGAUAAAAUUUAUAAUUUGAGAGAUCUGCAGGCAGAAGUUCCUAUUGGCUGGACUGCGGAGAGAGCUCAUGAAUAUUUCAAGUGGGCAGAGCAAGUAAUCAAUGGCUGCAGGGGUACGAAUGCGAGAUUGGAGGCAAUUCUGGACGAAAUAUUUGCAUCGGAAAGAAUGGAGUACGAAAAAAUAUUGACAAGUAGCUGAGCCCUUCGAAACGGACUAAUCAAAUUUUUAUUGUUUUAAAAAAUAAUAAUAUCGUUGUGUUCACUGGG